GUAUUGUAAACACUUUUUACAAUAUCUUUUAUACUUUUACCCCAAAUCCUAACAUACAAAAGAGAGAGAGAGUUAGAGUCUCUAUAAAAAAAUAGCCAAAAGAUAAUUCUGUAUAUUUUAUGACUAUCGGUGUACCAAUAGCAUGAAUAACCUUCCAGACAACCUCCACUUUGGCCUUCCCUAUGCCGACUUUUCACAGGCCCAGAAUCUGCACAAUGCCGUCCUCAACAGCCCCCAAAUGCAACAACAUCCAUCAUCAAUCCACACCUCUCAUCUGCAAGACUCACAUUUCUCUGGUCUGUCGUCACCUUACCAGUCAUUCCCCAUCCUUCAAUCAGCUGCAGCAAUGCAACCUCCCCAGCUCCAUCAACCAACCGUCGAUGUAACAAAGGAUGUCAAGACUAAGCACAGACCCAAGCCACGUCCCCCCGUAGAGACCCUCCCAGAGCCUACUCGAGUCACCCGUCCACCAAACGCCUUUUUGCUGUUCAAUAAGGAGAUGCGUAAACAACUCAAGGAUCAAAAUCCAACAAUGAAGGUGGCUGAGAUCAGCAAAGAGAUUGGUGGCCGUUGGAAAUGUCUCAAUCAAGUAGACAAAGAUCGCUAUGUAGCCGAAGCAGAACGUCUAAAAGACCAUCAACGCGCUCUUAACCCAAAUGCCAU